AUGCAGGAGUUGAUGCAUCUGAUCCAGCAGCAGCAGCAACCGCAACAGGACCAACAGUGGGAGCAGCGGGAACGGCAGAGGCAGCCCUCUCAACUGCGGCGACAGCGGGUCGCGCAGCAGCAGCAGCAGCAGCGGGUGGAGAACCCUCGGCCGCAGCCAACGACGACGGCGACAGCGCCCGGGCCCAGGCCAGCCUUUACGGCCGAGGGGUACCCCGCCCUGCCACAGGCCAGUGCGCCGGUGGAGGAUCUGUCCAGCUGGGCGGUCGUGGCGCGGCACCGCCCCCGCACGGCCCGGGAAGCGCCGACUGCCAGUGCGUCUCGUCCGCAGCAGCAGCAACAGCAGCAGCGCCCAUCGCAGCGGGGCUGGAGCAGCCGUCUCCAGCGUGAUGUCGUGAGGGUCGCGCCGGUAGAGGGCGAGUCGUACGCAUCGCUUUUUGCCAGAGUGCGGGGCAGCGAAGCGGUCAAGCUGGCCCAGCGGAGGGUGCACCAGAGCUCCCAGGGCCACAUGCUUGUGGAGGUGCAACGGAGAGCUGAUGCAGCGGAGUGCGCCGCAACCAUCCGCGCGCUGGUUGGGGAGGCUGGCAGCACCACCCUGCUAGGCCCGAAGGCGACGGUGAUCGCCAACGGCCUCGACCACGAGGCCACACCAGAGCUGGUGGCAGCGGGACUGUCGGCGCUGCUGCCAAAUGGCGAGGCCGUCGAUCCGGCCAGCGUGCACCUGCGGAUGCACCCCAACGCCACCCAGAAGGCGAACGUGGUGCUGCCCGCCCGGCUGGCGGCGCAGUUGGCGGAAAAGCGUCUCCUGCUGGGGAUGGCCAGCGUCAGGCUGCACGUGGCGGAGCCAGUCCCACGUGAGGAGGAGCGGUGCUACCGGUGCCACCUGCGUGGGCACCGCAAGCAUCAGUGCCAAGGCGAGGACCGGUCGGCCCUAUGCCUGCGAUGCGGCGACACUGGGCACCGGCGCGGGCAGUGCUCGGCCGACAGGCCAAAGUGUGCCGUGUGCGGGGGAGCGCACAGCACCGGCUCCGCCAUCUGCGGGGGUGUUGCUCCACAGUGA